GUGAUGGAGGAGGACAUAAUUCACUAGAAGCCACGUAGUUAGAAUUUAACUUCGGUGCUAUGAUCCCAACUUGUUAUAAUCUAAGCAUAGGAAACAUCACUCAUCCGACUGACUUGACAAGGGCUCCCAGAGCAGGCAGGUAUUCAAGAGGAGAUGGCUGGUUUCCUCUCAGAGCUGGUUCAAUACCGCAAGCUCUUGCUGAUGAUUUUGGUGCUAGGAAUUGGUGGAACCCACUUAGGUGGCUUUCAGAUGACUGUGAUCAAUUAUGCUUCUCCGUACAUUCAGAAGUUUAUCAAUGAAACCUGGCUGGAGCGAUAUGGCUCACCGCUGCAUCAAGAGACUCUCACAUUAUUUUGGUCCUUCAUUGUGUCUACAUACUGCGUAGGGGGAAUGAUAGGGUCUCUGUGUAGUGGGUACCUGGCUGCAAAAUAUGGAAAGAAGAAAUGUCUGCUAAUCAAUGAUGUGGUCCUAAUAAUAGCCACAUUGAACACAGGCUUCAGUAGGAGAGCCAAAUCCUUUGAGAUGAUCCUGAUUGGGCGCUUCCUCGAGGGCAUCUGUUCUGGAAUAUAUCUGAAUGCCCAUGUUCAGUAUGCAGGAGAGAUCUCACCUAAGAAGAUGCGUGGCUUUGUAAAUGUGACCUCCUCGGUGUUUCUUGCACUAGGAAAAGCUGUAGCAAGAGUUCUUGGAUUACGAGAUCUUUUAGGAACUGAAGACACGUGGAAUGUGCUGCUGUCCUUUUCUGGGCUUGUGGCAUUGAUCCAACUGCUCUUUUUGCCCUUCUUUCCCGAGUCUCCUCCAUAUCUCUUUCUGCAAAAAGGAGACAAGGAUGGUUGCUUGAAAGCCAUGAAGCAGCUCUGGGGAGAAGACAAUUAUCACACAGAACUUGAUGACAUGAUGAAGGAAAAGGCUGUAACAAAAGGCACCAAAAUAAUGAAUGUCCUAGAGAUGCUGAAAGAACCAUCUGUGCAUCCACAGCUGUAUACCAUGCUCCUGCUUCUACUGAGUCUACAGCUCUGUGGCCUGAGUGCAAUCACUUUCUACACAUCGGAAAUUUUUCAGACAGCCAACCUCCAUGAAAGCAUAAUCCCAUACGUAGCUCUAGGAGUUGCAGCCUGUGAGCUCAUCUCCGUCAUCUUUUGUAGCUCCAUAAUCGAUCGUUUUGGACGCCGGAUACUCCUGUGGGGUGGUUAUUUGUUGAUGGCACUGGUACUGGCGCUGCUUGAAACAAGCCUUCUACUGAGUGAUCGAUUCCUCUGGAUGCGUUACUGCAAUGUUACUCUGAUCUUUUUAUUCAUCAUUGCCUAUGGAAUAGGACCAAGUGGAGCUGUUUCAUCUGUCAUGAAUGAAAUCUUCACUCUCUCAGCACGGCCCUCCGCAUUUGUAAUCGCUGGAAUCAUCAUUUGGCUAGGCCUCGCUUUCACUGGGAUGCUUUUCCCCUUUGCUGUUAUGGCUCUUGGACCCUUCUGCUUCCUCAUCUUUAUUGCUGUCCUGGUAGUUUCGUCAGUUCUCAUCUACCUGUUUGUCCCAGAAACAAAAGGGAAAUCAACCUUUGAAAUUACAGAAGAAUUCAAAACACUCAGAUAUAAGAAGAAAAGGCAUCAGACUGUGGAGAAUAACGUGACUGAAGAAAAGAUACACUGCACCAAGCUCUGACCAGCCACAAUAAGCAACUUCCACUAACAAAAAGCUCCGUCUCAAAAUCAAACUGAGAGUUAAACCUUAUCAUGGACUUAUCUCAAUAAACCAUAAUAAAAAAAGCAACCCACAGAUAGCUUGUCAUUAA